UUACUAGUGUUCUAUUUUUCAACCAAACCCCCUCCCCUCUUUACGCCCCAAGCUUUCAACUCCCACUUAUAUUUCUUACCACUUUUUAAGCUCAUUUUCUAACAAUAAUAGUUCUACCUAAACCGCCGUACGCCGCCGCUUCUUCCGCCUACAGAAGAUGGAGCAAAAGCUGCGAAUGGAGAUAGACCAGAUGCCACCACGUGGAGCUCACCAUAGGCGGGCCCAUUCCGACACAACUUUCCGUUUCGAUGAUCUUCUCCUCUUCGACCCCUCGGACCUCGAUCUUUCCUGCCUUGACCUUCCGGAUUCCUCUUCCAAUCCCAGUCUGCCACCUGUUGCACCCGUACCUGCUGAAUCCUCCGAUGACUCCUCAUGCAACGGCCCUCCUCGCUCCACCCUCAAUAACCCUAGGCAUAUCCGUAGCCUUUCUGUUGACUCCGAUUUCUUUGACGGACUCGGGUUGACUGGACCCGCGAUCUCCGGAGGAGCUGGGGAUGAGAAAUUUGGCGGGAAAAGAGGUGCAGGAGAGAAGAGGGUUCACCAUCGACAUAGUAACUCGAUGGAUGGUUCGACUACGGCAUCGUUUGACGUUGAGUCCUUGAUGGCCGUUGAUGGUGUUAAGAAAACUAUGGCUCCUGAUAGACUUGCUGAGCUUGCCCUUAUCGAUCCCAAGAGAGCUAAAAGGAUUCUGGCUAACAGGCAAUCAGCUGCGCGUUCAAAGGAGAGGAAGAUUCGAUACACGAAUGAACUAGAGAAGAAGGUUCAGACUCUUCAGACAGAAGCUACCAAUCUCUCCGCACAGGUCACAAUGUUACAGAGAGACACUACUGGGUUGACUACUGAGAACAAGGAACUGAAACUACGGCUACAGGCUAUGGAGCAACAAGCGCAGCUUAGGGAUGCUUUGAAUGAAAAAUUGAAGGAAGAAGUGCAACGGCUUAGGAUACAAGCUGGUCAAGUGUCUGCUAUGAAUGGAAAUCCUUUCAAUAGAGGACUAUCUCCUCAAUAUUCAACCCACCAACCUGCUCCACAUCACUUUGGCGUCCUGCAGACACCGCAACAACAACAACAACAACAGCAGCAGCAGCUGCAGAUGCCUCAUUCAUCCGCCAAUAACCCGACUUUGAACGGACAGCCUCAACCUCGCUUUAUGGAUUUUAACCAGAGGGCAUAGUUUCAUGUUGGAAGGAAAUGCUUGUAAAGCAUAAGAAAAUCCAAUCACUGUAAGCAUCUUGUACAUAGAAAUAUGUGGUAUGCAUUGCAGGUUCUGGGAUUAGUCCCUUUUUUAUCUGUUUCUCACAUGGCUUUAUCACCAUUAGAGUAGAGAAAUGAAUUGAAAUGUGUUGGUUAUAGAGAUUAGGUUCUAAUUAUAUAGCAUAAAUGAUGGGUAGAUGAUUGUUGUUGUAACAAAUCGUAAUAUUUAUAGAAUAAUAAUAUAAUUAUUCCUUGGAGUUGGUAUAUUAA